CAUGCCGGACCCCGCCGAGUGCACCAUCAAAGUCAUGUGCAGAUUCAGACCGCUGAACAGCGCCGAGGUGUCCCGAGGAGACAAAUACAUCUCCAAGUUUAACGGCGAAGACUGCGUGCUGAUGGCGGGUAAACCUUAUUACUUUGACCGUGUGUUCCAGUCUGAUACCACUCAGGAACAAUUUUACAACGCUGUUGCUCAGAAGACUGUCAGAGAUGUCCUGGAGGGCUACAAUGGGACAAUAUUUGCUUAUGGGCAAACAUCGUCUGGUAAAACAUACACAAUGGAGGGGAAACUGCAUGACCCAGAAAUGAUGGGGAUCAUUCCCAGAAUAGUUCACGAUAUCUUCAAUUACAUUUACUCCAUGGAUGAGAACCUGGAGUUUCAUAUCAAAGUUUCAUAUUUUGAAAUCUAUUUGGACAAAAUCAGAGACCUAUUAGAUGUGUCAAAGACCAACCUUUCUGUGCAUGAGGACAAAAACAGGGUCCCAUAUGUCAAGGGAUGUACCGAUCGUUUUGUUUGUAGUCCCAAUGAGGUCAUGGAUGCCAUAGAUGAAGGAAAAAACAACAGACAUGUGGCUGUCACAAACAUGAAUGAACACAGUUCGAGGAGUCACAGCAUCUUUCUCAUCAACAUCAAGCAGGAAAACAUGCAGACUGGACAGAAAAUGACGGGAAAACUCUACCUCGUGGAUCUGGCAGGAAGUGAAAAAGUGGGUAAGACUGGAGCUGAGGGUACAGUGUUGGAUGAAGCUAAGAUGAUCAACAAAUCUCUGUCUUCACUGGGAAAUGUCAUUUCAGCUCUGGCAGAAGGCUCGGCUUAUGUACCAUACCGAGACAGUAAGAUGACUAGGAUCCUGCAGGACUCACUGGGAGGGAACUGUCGGACCACCAUGGUCAUCUGUUGCUCGCCUUCAUCUUUCAACGAUGCUGAGACCAGGUCCACGCUGUUGUUUGGACAGAGGGCCAAAACCAUUAAAAAAGUGAGUCUGAAUGUGGAACUGACAGCAGAGCAAUGGAAGAAAAAAUGGGAGAAGGAGAAAGAGAAAAACAAGACUCUGAAAAACACCGUCACAUGGUUGGAGAAUGAACUAAACCGCUGGAGGACUGGAGAGACUGUGCCAGUGGAGGAGCAGUUUGACAAAGAGAAGGCCAAAGCAGAGGUGCAGGCCCUGGACAAUGUGUUUAACAACAAGAAGUCAUCAGCUUCUCCAGCCCUCAGUGCACUUCCAGGCCUUCAGCUCACAGCCGCUGAGAAAGAAAAGUAUGAGGCAGAACUGGCCAAGCUCUAUAAAUCUCUGGAUGACAAGGAUGAUGAGAUCAACCAGCAGUCUCAGUUUGUGGAGAAACUGAAACAACAGAUGUUGGACCAAGAGGAGCUCUUGGCCUCCUCGCGCUGGGACCACGACAAUUUGCAGAAAGAGCUAAACCGGCUGCUAGCUGAGAAUGAAGCCUCCAAGGAAGAGGUCAAGGAGGUGCUGCAAGCCCUGGAGGAGCUGGCUGUCAACUACGACCAGAAGAGCCAAGAGAUCGAGGACAAAACAAAGGAAUUUGAGGCUCUCAGUGAGGAGCUCAAUGAGAAGUCUAGCUCUUUGGCUUCCAUCGACUCUGAGCUCCAGAAGCUUAAGGAGAUGACGAAUCACCAGAAGAAGAGAGUAAUGGAGAUGAUGUCGUCAUUACUCAAAGACCUGGCUGAAAUUGGCAUCAUUGUGGGAAGCAAUGACACAAAGCAACAAGAGAGUAGUGGUCUGAUUGAUGAAGAUUUCACUGCCGCCCGUCUCUACAUCAGUAAAAUGAAAUCAGAAGUGAAGACGAUGGUGAAGCACAACAAACAGCUUGAGAGCUCCCAGGCUGAGGUCAACCAGAAGAUGGAGGAGAAUGAGAAAGAGCUUUUCGCCUGCCAGCUCCGUAUUUCUCAGUAUGAAGCUAAAAUCAAGUCCCUGACAGACUGCCUGCAGAAUGUGGAGCAGAAGAAAAGACAGCUGGAGGAGAAUAUGGAUUUUCUCAAUGAGGAGAUAGUCAGGAUGAGGGCUCAAGAGAAUGUUAAUGCCAUGGAGAAGGAGAAUGAGAUCCAGUCUGCUAAUGAAGUCAAAGAAGCUGUGGAGAAGCAGAUCCAGACUCACAGAGAAACUCAUCAGAAGCAGAUCAGCAGCCUGAGAGACGAGCUGGACAACAAGGAGAAACUCAUCACAGAGCUGCAGGAUCUGAACCAGAAGAUCAUGCUCGAGCAGGAGAGGCUGAGAGUGGAGCAUGAGAAGCUCAAAACGUCCAACCAGGAUAAGAGUCGCAGACUGGAAGAACUCACUGUAAUGCAGGACAGGCAGGAGCAGGCCAGACAGGAUCUCAAGGGACUGGAGGAGACUGUGUCUCGGGAGCUGCAGACACUCCACAAUCUGAGGAGGCUUUUCGCCCAGAAUUUGUCCUCAAGAGUCAAGAAGAAAGCUGAGAUGAACUCAGACGGCACAGGAAUUAGCACUGCACAGAAACAAAAGAUCUGCUUUCUGGAGAACAACCUGGACCAGUUAACAAAAGUUCACAAACAGCUGGUACAGGACAAUGCAGACCUUCGCUGUGAAAUUCCCAAAUUGGAGAAGUGCCUGCGGACCACAGCUGAGCGGGUGAUGGCCCUAGAGGCAGCCCUGAAGGAGGCCAAAGAGAAUGCAGCUCGAGAUCGUAAACGCUACCAGCAGGAAGUGGACCGCAUCAAGGAAGCUGUCAAGCUAAAAAACACAGCCUCAAGAAACUCGGCUCAGAUUGCCAAGCCCAUCAGACCAGGUCAGCAACCUGUCAUCUCUGCCAUGAACAACAGUGUGAACAAGACCAACAUCCAAAACAACCAGCCUGCGGGAAUCAAGGGAGAGGGCAACAUCAAGCAUGAAAGCACAAAGUACUCUUCUAUCACUACUUUAUUACAGCUGAAUAAGUAUAGUUGA